CCUCCAAAUCACUCCUGCUUUGCUCAUGCUAAAAGCUAAAAGCAAAGUAAACAACUAUGAGGCUGUCCCUGUGUCUCCUGCUGGUCACUCUGGCCCUUUGCUUCUAUGAGGCCAAUGCGGGGGCCUGUCCAUCCCUGGUUAAAGAACUGAAACUCACCGUAACUGGCAGUCCCACACAAUUGAGGGCUCAACUUGCCAAAUAUAAUGCAACAAAGGAUGAAGUGGCGGCAGAAUUGGAAGUGAAGAAAUGCAUAGACCAGAUGCCCUCAGAUGACAUACAGCAUAUUAUAGACACAUUGAAUCAAAUUGUCUCAAACUGCCAGUGAUACAUGCUAUUGUAUCCUAAAUUACACUGAUCUAACACUGAUCACCUACUCUUCCUUGAAAAUGUGAAGGUUUCAACGUCUUGCUUCAAUAAAUUUCCUGCCCUGCA